GCACUUUCCGAGGAACCACUCCGAACAACCUCCCCCUGGCCUCCUCUCUAAUUUAUUCAACAUCUUAAAAAACCAUCACAUUUCCAAACUUUCAUUUCUUAUUCAUUCUCUCUCUCGUUCUCCCUAUACAAAUUAAACCAAUCUUCACCAACCCUAAACACAGCCCACACCAAUACAUGAAAUGGGAGGUGCAAUAAAAACUGCCACCAUAAUCUUUUUGUUCUUCUUUUUCUUCUCUGCAACCUCAAAAAACUUGAAAAACUUCAGUAAAUCCUUCCAUACAUUCAACAAAACCUUAGAACAAGUAGCCAACUCAGAACUAAAGUUCGAAAACUUUGCAAAAGUUAGCCAAGAUGCAUUACAAAUAACCCCUGACACCGGCAACCCCGGUGUAUUUAAUCUUAAGAACCAAUCUGGUCGAGUCAUGUUCAAGAAACGAUUCAAACUCUGGGAGGGCUCAGCUACUAGCAACUCACGUGUUGCUUCAUUCAAUACAUCUUUUCUUGUCAACAUGUAUCCUCAACCGGAUAACGGCAAACCCGGUGAAGGGCUAGCUUUCUUAAUCGCACCCACAAUAGAUAUUCCACCAAACAGUUUCGGUCAGUAUCUUGGCCUGACUAAUCAAACAACCGACAAUCAAACGAAUAAUGGGAUCGUGGCUGUUGAACUUGAUACUGUGAAACAAUCAUUCGAUAGUGAUAAUAAUCAUAUCGGUCUUAAUAUAUAUUCCAUUCAAUCUGUUGUUUCUAAACCAUUGUCACAAGUUAAUGUUACUUUGGCUCCUGGCCCGGAUCCUGGGUUUCAUAAUGUUUGGAUCCAGUAUGAUGGUGUGGAGAAAGUUAUUCGUGUUUAUAUUGCGGAUCAAGCCCAAAAAGAAUCUCCUACUCCACCUAGGCCCAGAACGCCUAUUAUCGAAUAUCCACUUGAUCUUAGGGGAACUGUGGAUAAGAAUUCGUAUUUUGGGUUUGCAGCUUCCACCGGAGAUCUAGUUGAGUUGAACUGCGUUCUACGAUGGAAUAUUUCGAUAGAUUACUUCCCAGGGCCGAAAAGUAACACAAUGACAAUAUUGCUUAGUGUUGGGAUUCCGGUCGUGUUGGGUUUGAUUGCGUUAUUCGCGUAUUUUGGUUAUCGUUAUUACAAGAAGAGAAUGUUGAAUAGGUCGCAAUCAAAUAUUUUAAGCCGGUUGAGAACGUUGCCUGGAAUGCCAAAGGAAUACAAGUUCCGGGAGCUAAAGAAAGCGACUAAUAACUUCGACGAGAAGAGGAAGUUGGGGCAAGGGGGUUACGGGGUGGUUUAUAAGGGCGUGGUGCAGGAAGAAAACAAUGAAACCGUGGAAGUCGCCGUGAAAUGGUUUUCUAGGGAAAGUCUAAAGGGUGAAGAUGAUUUCUUGGCUGAACUUACGAUUAUUAAUCGUUUAAGACAUAAACAUCUCGUUCGAUUAUUGGGUUGGUGUCACAAAAAUGGAAAGCUUCUUCUAGUCUACGAGUACAUGCGUAAAGGCAGCCUUGAUGCACACUUAUUCACAGUAACUGGUGAGCCAUUGAGCUGGACCUUGCGGCGCAAGAUCUUAGCCGGUGUCGCAUCGGCUCUCCACUACCUUCACUAUGAAUAUGACCAAAAAGUUGUUCACCGAGACAUCAAGGCUAGCAACAUCAUGCUCGAUUCAAAUUUCAAUGCCCGUUUGGGUGAUUUUGGGCUUGCACGUGCCCUUGAUAACGAAAAAACAUCGUACGCUGAGGCUGAAGGCGUUCUUGGAACCGUUGGUUACAUUGCUCCCGAAUGCUUCCACACUGGAAAAGCGACCCAACAUUCUGAUAUUUACGCCUUUGGUGCUCUGCUUAUUGAGGUCGUUUCUGGUCAACGACCUGGAACAAAAAUCAACGGGUUCCAAUUCAUGGUUGAUUAUGUAUGGUCGUUGUAUCGAGAAGGGCAUAUCUUGGAUGCUGUUGAUAAGAGACUAGCAGACGAUUAUGACUCCGAUGAAGCCCAGCGACUCUUGUUAUUAGGACUUGCUUGCUCUCACCCUAUAGCAAGUGAAAGGCCCAAAACCCACACCAUUGUGCAGAUAUUAAAUGGGUCGAUGUCGGUACCACCAGUUCCACCCUUUAAACCAGCUUUUGUGUGGCCUGCAAUGAUGCCAAUUGAUGACAUGUCGCUAGCUACUUCAAUAGACACAACCCCGAUGUCCAUAACUCAAUACGAAACCGAUUGGAGUCCCUUGAGUCGAGAAAAUUACUCAGGCUACACGGAUCGAUCCAUGGUUUAGUUUCUUUUGGUACAACUAUAACCUUAGGUGGGGUGAUUCUUUUUGGUUCUUUUUUUCUUGUCAUUCUAUAUUUGCCUAUUUGGUUUUUCCUUUGGUUUUGGCAGAGGAAAAUCUUCUGCUUGUUAUGAUAGUUUAUAACAGUAAAUUUGUUUGUUAAUUAAUAGGGUCAAUCGGGGACAAGUUAUGGUCUUGUAUAAAAUUUUUGGUCUAUGCUUUUUUUUUU